GACAAACGUGUGCACGGAAAGUUAGGGGAACGGAUUUUUUAAAUACGGAAAGUACGGUUUACAAUUUUACAGACUUUAUUCUGCACCAAUGCCAACCGGAAAUAGAAUUAAAUUCAAUUUAAAGAAAAUUUCUCCGUAAAAAUCACGGUUUUUCAGCAGUUCAUUGAUUAUGGCAGAGCCUCAGUCUGAGGGUAGAAAUGACCAACAAGGUCAAGGUCAACAUAAUAAAGAAGGUCAAGGUCAGUUGGUUGCUAAGCACUACAAUGAGCUACAAGAAGCAGGGAAAGAUGUCCGCACUGAAAGUAGAAUCUACUACAUGAGGAAUUUUAACAACUGGAUUAAAAGUGUUGUUAUUGCUGAGACUUUACAACAACUGAAGAAUGAGCGAGGUCAUGGGAGAGAUAUUGCAAUAUUAGAUCUGUGUUCUGGGAAGGGAGGGGAUUUACUCAAAUGGAAACGUGGAAAUAUAAGAAAAAUUGUUUGUGCAGAUAUUGCAGGGACGUCAGUUGAACAGUCUGAGAACCGCUAUAAAGAUAUGGUGGAGAAAGAACGAUACAAGGAUAGAGUUUUCUCAGCUGAAUUUAUCACCGCUGAUUGUUCUAAGGAGAGGUUAAAAGAUAUGUAUAAAGACCACGAUACUCAGUUUGAUAUUUGUAGUUGUCAGUUUUCAUUCCAUUAUUGUUUUGAGAGUCUCCCACAAGCUGAGAUGAUGUUACAGAAUGCUACAGAGUCAUUGAAACUGGGAGGUUUCUUUAUAGGAACUACGCCUAACUCACAGGAACUGGUACGAAGAUUAAGAGAUUCAAAAGAUAUGUCAUUUGGUAACGACGUUUAUCGUGUCACGUUUGAUGGUGAAGAUAAAACAAACCUUCCCUUGUUUGGUUGCAAGUACAAUUUCCAUCUUGAGGGUGUAGUCGACUGCCCAGAAUUUCUAGUAUUCUUCCCUGUACUUGAAAAGAUGGCAGAGAAACACGGUAUGAAACUGGUCUUUAAAACACCAUUUGCUGAGUUUUUCAACAAAAAUGUAGAAAACAGGGAUCAUAGGAACCUUUUAAGUAGAAUGCAGGCAUUGGAGAUGUAUCCCCCAGAAGAAGGUGGUAAAUUGAUGGGACUGGAGGACGGAGAUUAUGAUCAUGUUAAAUCUAUGGUGGAGGAAUUACAGAAAUCUCAGUCGGAAGACGCUCAUCAUGGAAAUAGACCAAUCUCUGUCGGCACAUUAUCCAAAGCAGAAUGGGAAGCUGUCACAAUAUACUGUGUGUACAUGUUCCAAAAAGUACGAGAUCCGGAUACCGGAGAAGAAUGGACAGCCGCCACCACGGAAGACAGUUCACGUAAACGUCAUUCUGAGGAAGCAUCAGAUACAAACCCUCCAAAACUUCUGAAGGACACUUAGCAGGAAGUAACUGUAACACAUGGUGAAAUUGGUGCUAGUGGUGGAAAGCUUCUUCAGAAUCUUACAGUUGGGACUGAAAAGCUUUGUUCUGCAGAUGGAAAAAAAUGGAAUGAAAUUAAAAUAGACUUGUUGAGCCACUGAAUUGCCAACUAUCAUUAAACUGAUGAUAAUAUGCUGUUUUCUCUGAUAAACUCAGUAUAACUGUU